AUGAUUCAGAAUGAGCAUAAAACUGAAGGCUUAGUGGCUAAGCGGAAGCCCAUAAAAAGCAAAAAGAGGCUCUCCCACGCCUCCCGCCUCAUCGCGGACAUCAGGCUCGGGGCCGAUCACCUCCUCGAAGCUCUCUUCAUGGCCGGCGAAGCCCCUCGGAGAUCCAACAAGACCGCCCAGCUCAUCCUCAAGGAGGAGGCAGCAAUGCAGCAGCACUUUCAGGAUCUCCGGGACCUCGGAAGGCAACUAGAAGAUUCUGGAGUACUAAAUGGGUCUCUUAAAUCACGAGGUAACUCUUGGGGUUUGCAUAUGCCACUUGUUUGCCCUGAUGGUGCUGUUGUUGCUUAUGCUUGGAAACAUCAACUUGCUGGCCAAGCUGGUGCAUCCGCUGUUGACAGAACUAGGUUAGCUCUCAAAGCAUUCACUGAUCAGAAGAGGCGGUUUUUCCCUCACCUUGAAGAUGAACCAUUUGGACAAGAAUGUGAAGAGGAGUCGGGUGUAUCCAAGAAGCAUUGCAGUUCUCAGGGGUUGGCCAUGAGUCUCAGGGACAAGUUCAGGGAACAAAAGACAUUGUCUGACGUUCUUACAAACUUGGAACAUGAGGUACAUAACGUGAAGCUUUACACAUAUCAGCACCUAGAUUGGCUGAAAAGAGCAUCUUCAUUAUCAUCUUCGUCGAUUGAUAACACGGGUGUUUCAUCGAGAGAGCUUCCAAACGUAAAAAGACUAAAAUCAGGUUACGGGAAUGCUCCUGCGGAUCAAGUAGCUGUUAUCGAGCUACUAGUGCCUUCUGUUUUUAGAGCCGUGGUAUCAUUGCAUCCGGCUGGUUCUAUAAGCCCUGACGCGGUGGCAUUCUUCUCUCCUGAUGAGAGCGGAAACUAUAUUCAUGCACGAGGCUUGUCAGUCUAUCAUGUGUUUAGGCAUGUCACUGAACAUGCUGAUAAGGCGCUGCAGUAUUUCCUGAGUGCUGAGGCUGAUAUUGCACUUUCUCUACUUCUGCAUUGGGUUUGCAGUUAUCAAACACUAUUCUCAAAGGCUUGCAGUAAAUGCAAGCGGCUUCUGGUUAUGGACAAAUCUUCUGCAUUGCUCUUGCCCCCUGUUCAACGCCCCUAUCAGCAAACUUCUGUUACCAAGCUUAACCCCAACCAAUUGUCUUCUUCAGCUAAGGACCUAAGCCAAGAUCAAACACUUGCAUAUCACAUUGGUUGUUCUUUUGAUGAAACCCAGUGAGCGUAGAUGCUUUUGUUGACUAACUUCCUCAACUACAAUCCUUGCUGACCAAUUUUUGUUUUUCUUGUCAGCAAUGUGUCUUUAGUGGUAAGCACCCUCCUAACUUUUUUUGACAUUUGAUGUUGGAUAGAGAAGUGUACUUUUCCCAUGUAUUAUAUAUUGUAUGCACGACUCUUGCCUAACGGCAAAACAUGAAUUUGAUAGUCCUAGAUUACUAUUUGAAGUAGGUCUAUUUCUUUUGUUA